UCUGUUUUGGCAGUAAAACAAUUCAGCUGUAGUUUCUUAAUAAUAACCUUACCACCUCUUCACUUUCUGAACGUUUUAUACUGAAUAAAAGUGCCACUAAAUAAAAUACAGCCUUGGAGCAUCCGAAUGCAAGGCACCUAAAUAAAUAAAAAUAAAUACUUACUCACUGGCCAAGCAGUUCUUAACCAAAUUGUCUACAGUAAUAUCACGAUGAUGAUAAACUUGCACUGUGUCGUGCAUCCUCAGCAUAAGCCAUCACGAGCUGUGGUUUAAGUGGUUUUGACAGAAAAGAGAAGCUGAUCAACUGUGUAAAUAAUAAAAAAUGUCUCAUAACACAGAGUAAACAUCAAUAAAAAGUGCUUACAGUCAAAGCCUACCAUAACGCUGUCAGAAAAAUCCUUAACGACAUGUUUGCUUACGUGCCAGCAUCCAAAAUUAAACCGUCUGACCAUCUCAAUCAAGCAUAAACUUUACGAGUUAUUUAAUGUGUCAAUAGUGAUCCACAGAGAAGUACUGCUUUUCCAAUGUAAUGAAAUCAAUGUUUACAUGUUUUAUAAGGAAAAGCCGGCAUUAAAACUUCAUUGGCUGGAUGCAUUUGACCAUGCCAGUUACAGGACUAUUUAAGAGUCACUUCAGCUAAAUGACCUUCAUAAAAACCCUGUUUUAAUCUGUCCCAUCUUGUGACAGGCGUAAUAUCUCCAGCAGAAGCAACGCGGAACGCUCCCCUCUGGACAUGCGAGCGACUUAGAAAACGUUUGAGACAUGGAGCUGUGGAACGCAACAGAUCUGGAGGGAAAACCAAGCUGGCCUUCGUCUAACUGCACUGUGGAUACGAGCUACCGCUUCACCUUCUAUCAGGUGUCCUACAGCGUCAUCUUCCUGCUGGGACUGGCCACCAACAGCCUGGCUCUGCGUAGACUCUGCACGUCCUCUUGCUCCGUGAGCAGCACGGCCGUCUACAUGGCCAGCCUGUCCUUCGCCGACAUGUUCUUUGUGAUCUCUCUGCCCAUGAGGAUCUACUACUACCACCAAAAGGCUCGAGCUUGGUCGAGGACUGAGAACCUGACCAGCUGGAUUCCUGGAGCGGCUUUCUGCCAGGUCACCUUCAUCCUCAAAUACAUCAGCUUGUACGGCGGGAUCUUCUUCCUCGUGUGCAUCGCGGUGGACCGAUACUUUGCCGUCGUGCACCCUCUGUCGCCGAACCUCCGCAGGCAGCGUGUUGCGCGGAUCGUGAGCGGGGGGAUAUGGUGUGUGGUGCUGGGACUCAGCGUGAGUCUGCCGCUGUUGCGUUUGGCAGCUUCUCACCAAAACCGGCCGUGUCUGCUCGACCCGUCCUCCCUGCGCCACAGAACUUUCAUUCUGGUCUCUCUGAGUUUAGUUUUGGGGUCGUUUCUGCUGCCCACUCUGAUUCUCCUCUACAGCUACUGCAGAGUGCUGAGCGUGCUCCGCAAGUCGAGGCAUCGCUGCCGCAGCCAGAGCCGCAAUCGUCGGCAGACCCUUAAAAUUAUUUACUGGGUUUUGGGCGUCUACUUGCUGUGCUUCCUGCCCUAUCAUGUCAAUCUGCUGGGCUACACCCUGACACACAUGAAGCUGCUGCCACACUGUGGCCUGGCCAAGCUGACCAAGACUGUGCACCCAGUGGUGCUCUCACUGGCCAGCUUUAACUGCUGCCUCAAUCCACUCAUCUAUUAUUUCUCCAGCAGCCUGGUGCACAGGGAAACUUCGGGAGGUGGAGGCAGUAGCAUUCAAUGCCAAGGAGGAUAACACCAAUGAUUGCAGCGUAUUUGAAACGUUUUAAUGCUAAACACAGCUGGUUUUUGGUGAGUAAAGUGAACUCAAAGUUGCCUUUUUUCUGUAUUAGUAAGAGGAAACAUAAAAGCUAUAGGAAACUGCUUAAAAUGUUUUGUCUCAUCUGUUAAUUCAGGAUGGUCAGAGGAACCAAACUUUAUUUUUUCUAUAAUGUUAAAGAGCGAGUAUGUGGUUCAUUCAGGCUGCAAAACAGAGAGCGAGAGCAAGGCUUACAGCAGAUACUUUAGCUGUAAAGCUCUGUUGCAUUGUUUUCAGCUGUUAAACUAAUUUGUAAAUAUAGGCAGCUUUA